UUCCGCUUUCUAAACGCGGACGCGCGCAAAUCAUGAUAGUGCGUGCGCGCUUCCGUGAGGCACAGACAAAAAUGGCGGCCGCCGCCAGACUAGGCAUUAUAGUUCCCCGCAACUUUCGGCUGCUAGAAGAACUGGAGGAGGGUCAGAAGGGAGUUGGAGAUGGUACCGUGAGCUGGGGCCUGGCAGAUGAUGAAGACAUGACGCUAUCUCAUUGGAAUGGCAUGAUCAUCGGUCCGGCAAAGACUGUCUAUGAAAGCAGGAUUUACAGUCUGAAAAUCGAAUGUGGACCCAAGUACCCGGACCACCCCCCUCUUAUCCGCUUUGUGAACAAGAUCAACCUGACUGGGGUACACAACUCGAAUGGUGUGGUGGACAUAAAGACGGUGAUGCCUCAGACCAAGUGGAAGAGCAACUACAACCUCCGGAUGGUACUGCAGGCGCUCAGACAGCACAUGAUGACAAAAGACAACCACAGACUGUCCCAGCCGCCUGACGGCCAGAUGUACAGCAACUGAGGCUCCCGCUGCUUUCCCUCCCUGCUAAACACACACGCACACACACACAUUCACUAUCAAACACACACUCACACACACACAUAUAUAAAAAGCAUCCUUAACACUGAUUCUACCACUUUCCCAAAAAAGCAAAACCAUCAUGUAAUCCAAGACUCUCCACUCCCUCUUCCGUCCUUGGGGGCCUCCCAUUGGACAGAGGGAAGGGUGCGCAGGUGAACCUGACAUCCUCAACCAGUGCCCAUUCAUUAUGACAGAACAAGAAUACUGUACAUCUUACUAAUGUUAUUUUUUAUUAUCUUUGUGUUCUACAUCCUGAUUGUAAAAUAACAAACGACCUGAUUGAGUGUACAAGUCUUGUGUGUGUGUGAGAGUGUGUGUGUGUGUGUGCCAGGAUUCUUCACAGUUAGUCCCUGGUAUCAACUCGCCACUCAACAAAAAACAAGUAUGUUAAAUGUUUGGACCAUUCCGAUUUUUAUUUCAAACAUCUUGUAGAAUAAUGAAACAGAUUUUCCCCCUGAAAGAUUAAAAAAAGUAACCCCCCCUAAAAAGCUUUGCUUGGAUUCCUAGCCAGGGUUAGCCUCAAGUUCCCCAGCUUCCGCAAUCCCGACGAUGUGAAUUUGACGGGCCUCUCUAAAAACGGGCGCACGUCCGGUACACGGGGAUAAACUGCUACUCGACAUUCAGCGGCGUAUGUAUCAACAGGGCACUACUGGCUCAUCACUCAUGUUCUCAGACUCGUCUUCUGUGUGCCAUAUGGUUCAUAGCGCUUUGUGAUAGUGAUUGAUUAUUAGCAGCCAGUGGGAGGGGGAUAGUUUAAAGGGCGAUUGGGAGGGGGGUGGGGAGGGGGGUACAGGUCUUUGUGCUUUUCUUUCUUCAGAGAACGUAGAGCGUACGUAGAGCUUGAGUGAAGGAUCACCACUGUACUUUAGUCUGUGUGGGGCAGGAGGAGCUGUGAUUGUUCUCGUUUUCUUUUCUUUUUCUUUGGGUUUCUAGUUUUGGUUUCUUUAGUCUCUGGGCUAACCCGAGUCGUCUCAUCUCUCAUACAGUAACAAAAAAAGAAAAAAAAAAUAGCCCACUGAACGCAAUGUAUGGAUUUGGAUGUUUAUUUUAUAACAAGGGUUGAAUCUAAUCAGGGUGAUGGUGACCUAUUGCAUGGUUUUAUUUGAAUUAAAUGUUAUUACUUUUGCA